AUGCGGCCUGUCCCAAAGGCCUUGACUUUUGGCCCUUGCUCUCGAUGUGCAGAGCAGCGAGCAGACCCUCAAGCAGUCAGUCGGGGAGGAUGUGAGGAGGCAGACCCAGUUUUAGAGCAGCCCCACACAGCACCCAAGCGUCAGAUGGAAUCAGAUGAAAUUAUCCCGAGAGGAGGUGAGUAAAACUGUGGCCAGCUAAGAUGGCGGCGGAACCGGAAGCCCACUUUAUAUUUAGGAAUCUUCAGCAUUAAUUAAUUAAAAAUACUUAUGGCUCUUGGACUGAGAGAUCUCUCCUGAUUACUGCCUCUCCACCUGUGCAAAAGGUCAUUCGAGGUAGGAUGAAGAUCACCUCUGCUUCCUUCUGACCAAGCCCAAGUCAUUAUCUAUAACUAUAUAACAUAUUAAACCAAUAAAAUGUGAAGUUAUACAAUUAUUGAGCAAUGGCGUAUCUGAAUGUCGUCCACAGAUAUAACAUUUUAUUUCAUAUUACUUCUAACAUUUCUUAUUUUUCUUUUUCUAUCAGAAUCACAAUCACAGCAAAAUAAUUUAGGAGGUGGUCGAAUGUGA